AUGUGCACCGGCUGGUGUGAGGAGAGAUGUACCAGCGUCAGUGGAGGAAGACGGAGGAGUAAAGGAGUGGAUCUUCAUUCAUGGCUGCGCGUCUCACUCCUGUUCUCCGUUCUGUGGGGCCGAGCGUCCCCCCAGUGCCCAGACGGCUGCCACUGCACCUGGGACACGGCAACGGUGCUGUGCUCGGAUGCCGGGCUGCGGGAGAUCCCAGAGGGGAUCCCACCGGAAACGGUCUCCCUCCACCUGGAACGCAACUACAUCCGGAACAUCCCCGAGAGGGCCUUCAGCGACCUGGUCCACCUGCGGGACCUUUACCUGUCCCACAACCGCAUCGACUCGCUUGCCUCGGGGGCCCUGCGGCAUCUGGGUCCCGAGCUGCGCCUGCUGGACCUCUCGCAUAACCAGCUGAGGCAGGCCAACAGGGAGGAGUUUGGCUCCACACGUGCAAAGACACGCCUCUACCACAACCCCUGGCACUGUGACUGCGCCCUCCAGGAGCUGAUGGAGACUCUGAACCUGGAGCCCGAAACGGUGAACGGGAUCGUUUGUGAGAGCUCUGUGCGGGGUGUGGGCGAGGGGAGCAGGUGGGAGGACCCGGGGUCGCAGGGCGAGCAUGCGGGGCAGCCGCUGGUCAAACUGUUGGAUUCUGGGGUGAACUUCUGCAGCAUGCAGAGGAAGACCACCGAUGUGGCCAUGCUGGUGACAAUGUUCGUGUGGUUCUUUAUGGUCAUUGUGUAUGUAGUGUACUACGUGAGGCAGAACCAGGCCGAGGCCCGCAGGCACUUGGAGUACCUGAAGAGUUUACCGAGCCCACGCAAGACCCCCACCGAGACGGACACACUAAGCACCGGUUUCUGAACUUCUGCUCGGCUUUAAUUUAAACGGAAUAAAUCAAUGCCAGUUUUAUGGGGAGCGACUGAUAAAGUUACCGUGCGCCGACUGUGGAGGAUGCAGAUACAGAGGAAAUGAACCUUUUGCAGCUGUCUUUUUGUGAUUGCAAAACUUCUUUAUAUUUGGUAAUACUAAUCCCCCCCAUGUUUUUCUUAAGAUUUCUUUUCCUAUUG